AUGGGUGAGCCUCGUGUGUUAAUUCUCGGGCACUCUUUCAUCCACCGUUUAAAUAGCUUUAUUACUGAUAGUACACAUCUUGAUCAUCGUUUUAUGAUACACGAGGCCGCCAAGUUUAAAUGGCAUGGUGUAGGAGGUCGAACAGUUGAAAAAACUAUUCGCUGUGAUCUCCACGUGGUGGAGUCGUUUGCUCCCCAUAUUGUGAUACUACAGUUGGGAACUGAUGAUCUUUCCCACCUAGAUCCCUUAGUCGCAGCCUCGGCAAUAGAGGACUUAGUAGGUAUUCUGUACGAAGAGCACAGUGUGCGACAAAUUUGUGUUUGCCAAACGCUAAUUCGCGAAAAUGAUGCUGCCUUUAACGCACGUGUUAAAGCCGUCACGAAAUAUCUGAACGUCCUUCUAGAGCCAAUUCCCUAUUGCUUUUUUUGGGGUCACAGAGGUUUUUGGAAUACUUCGCAGAGAUAUUUCGCUCGUGAUGGUGUUCACCUUAAUAAGUUGUGGCACUAUAAGUAUUACCGAAGUCUCAGGGGGGCCGAUUUAAAGUCUUUGCAUUCCUGGGCACGUUCUGGCGAACAGCCCGACUAGUUUUCGUAACCAUUUUCACUUGCCCAUUUCCUAUUUCCUUAUCUGGCUUUUAUUUCAAACCAAGCCGCUUGUGUUAUCGCCUUGUGGUUUAGCUUGUUGUUUUGUUUGAUUUCCGGCAAUUAUUUGCCGCAUUUUGCUGACCACUUAUGGCCAAAUUUUGUGGUUUCUGAAACCUUAGAAGUGCACUGUGUCCCUUCCUAUUACCGGCUUUGGUACGUAUGUUUGUUUGCUUGCAGUUACCAUGUUAUAAGUGUACAAUCCAUUUUGACCGCCUGCAUAUGUAGGUGUGUCCAAUGCACUCGGUAGACUGUCAAUGCUGUAAUGUUAUUGUGUUGUGGAAAUGGGUAUCUUUUUUCGCUACUACUUAUGAGGUAUAAGCCUCACUAUUUUUUUGUGUCAAUUUUGCACUCGAGUCAUUAUGUAAAUUAAAAUACCUGCUUUGGAUCGGCUCCUCUGAUGACCCCCUUUCUCUAAUUUAUUUGACAUUAAAACUUAUUUCUAACACUUGUUUCACUGCCUAUCACAUCUAUCACUUAUAGUUAGUUUUUUAUCAUUGAAAAAUGCCUCCUGCGAAGCGUAACACCGCCCCACAAGCCAGACGCUCGAAACGGCUACGAACAGACCUCUCUGAGGCCGGACCUUCAUCGGUUGUGGAGAA